UCUCAAGCUCGUAAGACAAUGGUUGGGAUUGGUUGCUCCAACUUCCUUCAGGUCCACUUUUUUGCGUUGACCGAAUACAUGCUAAUCAAGGCGAUGCCGAGGCAGAAUAAAUAGUUCCCGGAGAUCGGUCAUAUCAUCACAGCAAGUCUGAGGAGGCGGAAGCGAGUAAGGUUCUGCAAUCCAGUUCCCCCUUUGAGAAAAUACACGUCGCAGUGCGGAAGGAUUCUAGAUUCGUUCGAUGAAAGCCAAAUCAAUGCUCAGAGGGGCGAUUGCAGCUGCGGCUGCAGCCUUGCUCCUGCUAGCAACUCUCAACGGAGUAUCUGCGCAAGGCGCUCGAUGCAAUGCUCAAGACAGUCAAGCUUUACUGGAUUUCAAAGCGUCUUUGGUCGACGAAGAGGGGAUCUUCAACACUUGGGUGGCUGGCACCGACUGCUGCCAGUGGAAUGGAGUGGCGGCUUGCGAUCCGGUUACGGGGCGAGUGACGGAGCUGAAUCUGGGAGGCUCAGGCACUAGCCCAUCUCGCAAUCCCAGCUUCAAGGGCGUGGUCGGCGAGUCUCUAGGGCGUCUGUCGGGAAUCGGAAGCAUUGUCUUGGAGUUUUUCGAUCUGCAAUCCGAAAUUCCUGCGUCGCUCGGCCAGCUGAGCAAUCUGUUCCAGCUCGUGCUCGGGAACAUGGGCCUCGUGGGCAAGAUCCCUGCCUCCAUCGGAAACCUCGUAAAGCUUCAGAACUUCAAUGUGAACGGCAACGCUCUCGUGGGACCGCUGCCCGUGGAGCUUUGCAAACUCGUCAACAUCAAGGAUGUGGAUUUCGGAAGCAAUCAAAUCGGAGGUAAUCUACCAGCUUGCAUAGGUACUUCAUGGUUACAAAUAGAAGAGAUGGAUUUCAGAAACAACUUACUCACUGGUCCAUUUCCAAAUAUCGGCAACCUGCAAUCGCUCCUGCUGCUGUGGCUGAACAAGAACAAACUCAGUGGCCGUCUGCCGUCGAGCUUGGGGAGGCUCACUAAACUUGAACGUAUGGACGUGAGCGAGAACCAACUUUCGGGGCCCCUUCCGAAGGAAAUUGGUAACAUGAAAGGUCUCACUGAUCUCGUCUGCAGCAGAAACAAAAUUAGUGGUAGCAUUCCUGCGCAACUUGGUAACCUUGACCAGCUAGCAGCUUUAUAUCUCGACAGGAACCAACUGUCCGGAAGCAUUCCUACUUUCUUGGGAAACUUCAAGAGUAUCCGAAUCUUGGACCUGAGCAGAAACAAGCUCGUCGGAAGCAUCCCACCACAGCUUGGCAGUUUGACCGACGAUGAGAGUGUGCUGAUUGACAUCUCCUUCAACAGAUUGACUGGUCCCGUGCCUCCGUCUGUGGGAGGAGUGCGUGGUGGAACUUUCCUCGCAAAUAAUAAUGCUCUGACCGGUGGAUUCAACUUGGCGCUCGCUCGGUUGAGCACUGUCAACCUCGCCAACAACAGGCUCAGUGACGCCAGGAAGAUCGGCACUCUCCCGACCGGAAUCGAUAACCAGCUCAUUUUCCUGAACCUGGCAAACAACAAGUUCUCUGGCAUGUUUCCUUCGUGGAUCUUUGAACCUUCCUACAUCGAGCUCGAUCUUUCCGGGAACAAAUUCCGAGGCUCCCCACUCCCGUUCUUUGACAGAGAUAUCAGCAACCUGAACCUGUCGUCCAACCCUCUGGCCACGACUCUGCCCACCGCCAAGUUCAAAGCUGGUUCCUUGAGCGUGCUGGAUUUGAGCAACUGUCAGCUGUCGGGCCCGAUCACUUCCCAGUUCCUAUUCAAUCUGAAUCCUGCGGUGAGCAUCUACUUCAAGAACAACAAGUUGUCAGGACCGCUGCCUCAAGACAUCGGGACUUCUUUGUUCCGCUGUUCCGAGCUGGAUCUGUCCAAUAACCUUCUGAACGGCACCAUUCCAGCCUCUUUCAGCCGGUUGGACAAUUUGAACUUCCUGGAUUUGUCCGGAAACCAGUUUGAGGGAAAUGUCCCGAGCAUUCCUUGAUCCAUUGUACCGUAGAUAGAAGAGUUCUCGGUUCUCAAUUGUUGAGCGUCAAUUGCGUCAACUUAUGCUCAUUGUAACCAGGGCAGACAAAACCUAGAAACUAGGAGUUGAUUUUCGUUGGCUUCGUGUAUGGACUCGAGGCUUGGGGUUGACCUCAAUAGUCCAGUGUACCAGCAGAAGUGUAAUUGUAGAUAGAAAGGAGUGAGGAGCUCAGACAGAAUUGAUCUCUUUCAUUCUACAUCAUGAUUAAAGAUUUUUCAAAUGUUUAAGCAUGAUUCAUGCA